AUGCAGCUGGCUGGCUAUGGCUCUAAAGAGGCACCUAUCAUUGAUGAUGAAGAGCUGGGAUCCGAAGGUGCUGAUCUGGCUCGUAUCGAGCGUGUCUACAGGAAGAUCGAUCGCCGAAUUAUCCCACCGUUCUGGAUUCUUUACUUCCUCUGCUCGGCCAUUCGCUCCAAUGUUGGGCUGGCACAAACCAUGAACUCGAAACAAGGUCAUGACCUUUCCCAAGUGCUCCAUCUGACGCCAAAGCAAGUCUCUACCGGUCUAGCGCUCUUCUACGUGUGCUAUGUCGUUUUCGAUUGUCCUUCGAACCUCAUCAUGUCGAAACUGAGCCCGCACGUGUGGAUGAGCAGAAUCGUGCUAAGUGUUGGUGUUAUUGGCACAUGCAUGACAGCUAUGAAAGCAGCGUGGAGUCUGUAUCUGCUCCGAUUAUUGCUGGGCAUUGUUAUUGCUGGUAUGUGGCCUGGCAUGACAUACUACCUCAGUCUCUACUAUCCACCAUCGCGCUGCGCAAAGCGCAUUGGACAUUACUAUACUGCAGCACAACUCUCUGCCGCAGUCGUUGGUCUAGUGAGUGCUGGUUUCCAGAAGAUGGAUGGACUUGGUGGUCUUGUUGGCUUCCAGUGGAUGUUCCUCAUCUACGGCUUGUUGGCAGUCAUCCUUGGCAUCGUCCUGCUCUGGUGGUUGCCCGAUCGCCCACAUCCACCUGGUGAGAAGAUUGAACAACCUGUUGGAUGGAGACGUCUUCUACCGCGAAGCCCACCUGUGCUUACCGGAGAAGAUGCUCGUAUUCAUUACGAAGAACUAACAAGAGUAUAUCAUCGCCCCUCAUGGGGCUGGAGAGACUUGGGCCGUGUGCUGAUUGACUGGCGCCUUUGGCCUUUGGUCAUCAUGUACUUUGGCGUCGUAGGCGUUGGUAUGUGCAUCGGUGUUCAGAGUUACGGUACCGUCAUUAUCCAUGCCAUUAACCCUAGUCUCAGCAGUAUCAACUUAUCGCUGCUCUUCGCACCCAUCUGGAUCAUGGAUCUGAUUGCCAUCCUCCUCAUCACACCUCUCAGCGACCGCUUCCACACCCACCGCCACCUCAUCUUCUGUCUUUCAUGUCUCGUCAUCCUAGCUGGUCUUCUCACCACCACUUUCGCUGGCGGCAACGACAGCUGGUCAAGAUAUGGAGGUCUCUUGAUCAUUGGCUUUGGUCUCGGUCCCACCGUUCCUACUAUCAUGGCCAUGAGCACCUCUGUCUUCCAACCACGUCAUGGUGAAGUCGGCAUUGCUGCAGCUUCGGCUCUCGUGUCUGGCCUUGGUAAUCUUGGCUCUAUCGUGAGCACUUACGCGUUAUACUCCGGCUGGCCCGCAGACGCAAAGGGUCCUCACAAGUACAGAAAGAGCAAUUUGGUCAUGGUGGGCAUGGUGUGUGCGAGUAUUGUAUCAAGUGGUGUGAUGGUUUUGCUGCUCAGAUGGACCAGGACAGAAGGUACGCAAGUCAUCGAAGAUGCUGUCGAGAACAAGGACAUUAUGGUUGAUGGAGCGGCCAAAAGAGAGCUGAAAGAGAUUAGGGCGCAGCAGCAAGGAUUCGGUCUGAACAGACUCAAGGUGCAUAGAUAG